AUGUCAACCGCUACUGACGAAGAUACAUCUAUGGAUAUUCCCAAUUAUAACGACCCAGCUUACUGUAAAUCUGAGGGAGUCGUCGUGGUGACUUCUUUCGCGUAUCGUUCUGUCCAAGUCCUUUAUUCAUUUAUUUCUGGAGUUGCCAUAUUUUGUGUACUUCGGGUAUACUUUCGUUAUAUCAGAGCUUCAAAGCUUCACACAAAUAUUCAGAAAUUGUUGACCUUAUUCUUGUUCGCUGCUGUUUUAAUUAAUACCAGCUUUAUUGUAAUGCAGAUGGAAUUACAAAUGUCUCCUUCACAUCAAAAAUUCCAGCUGAAAGUGCUGCAAAAAGAGCUCUAUCUUCUUUCGAAGGCGAUGAUGACAAUGGAGCGAACAAUUGCCACAAUAUAUGUGGAUUCAUAUGAAAGAUGGAGAUGUUCGACAGGAAAUUUAGGACUUGUUAUGUCGAUACUUUCGGCAAUUCUUGUGGAAUUGUAUAUAUACAUAGGAGUGUCGUUUAAGGAACCGCAUAUUAGUGCCACAAGUACACCAGAUGAGGUUACUGGACGUAUCAAUGAGGUUCUAAUCUUCAAUGUGUCCUGCUCCACUAUCACAAUGACGAUAAUGAUUGUACUACUACUGACGAACAAAAAACGAAAGACGAAAUCGAUCGGCUGCGUAUCGCGACGAUUUCAAAUCGACGAAAAUAUCGUGACAACGGAAUUUAUUGCAAAAAUUGCUUUUGUACAGCUGGUGGCGUUCAGCAUACAAUCAUUAGGCGGUCUUAUACUACGAUCUUCCUUAGAGAAUUUUUUCACCGACAACGAUUUGCCGGCGCUAAAAUCAAUUAAAUUAUCGUUACAGGUGAUGCCUAUUUUCACUAUAAUUGUUUGUGUUGUUAUUGAAUGGUCAAUCUGUAGAACAACUACACGUCAUCGUGCUCGUGUGCUAAGCAUGGGCGGAUUCGAACCUCCGAUCGAUCGAGCAGGCCUGGCGGAACCUCUAGCUGCUACACCACACCCAUCCGGGCCAAAAGGUGUACUAGAUAAAUUCCCAGAGCGUAAUCUCUAA